AUGAUGCAAAACGCCCCCGUCAUGAACUUCCUUCUCCAGCUCUGCUUUGCUUUGUUAGCUGUUGCAGCACCUGCUUCCGACCCCGCGGUGGGAGCCGCAGCCCACGGCAACACUUGGCAGUAUGGCACCGGUGGCGGUAUUCUCGGUUUUAUUGUUCUCGUAUUGGACAUCAUUGUCUUCAUUGAGGUUCUAAAGUCCGACCGACCUGUCAGUCACAAGGUGCUCUGGUGUCUUGUCGUUUUCCUCUUUCCGAUCGUUGGUAUGGCCGUCUACUGGCUAUUCUCGAACCGCGCUGCCCACAACUCUCGGUCCGGAUAUGAAACUAUUGCGUAA